UUCAACUAAUUUUAACCCGAAGAACAAACACAAACUGUUUCUUUGUAUUUAUUUUAUUAUUCACAUUUAUUUAAAGUUACCGAAAUGGUUGAGCAUAUAUGAUGCAGUGUCUCUGUUAACUAACAGUGUAGCAAGCUGUUAAGCAUAUGUUUAUGCCACAAACAGUUUGAUCAUAAGUGCGAAAAGAAAAACACACGAUAACAUUGUUGUCGCGAAAUGAGUGAGAACGAGGAUACCACAUUGCACAUGGAACUUAUUGAGUACGCAACAGUUUCCUGUCGCUUGCUGUUUAUACAGGAUGCUGCAACAUUCACCGAUUUCACGCCGGGCAAUGCAGACAACGAGCUAUCCACGAUGGAGCUAUGUGAGAUUCUAUUGAGAGACAUUUUGCCCAAGGUGCACAGCUAUCAGUUAACAGAAGCCGUUAAGAAGCGCUUGAAAUUACUCGAUCUGCAUCCGGGAUUUCGUAAAACCCCUGAAGGCUAUCAAUAUGUAUCAAAGAGCAAUGAGAGGCCAUUUACUUUAAAACUUGGACGCGAUUUCAAUUCAACAGACAGCUUGCCUCGAUUACUGUCUGCACAACCGAAGCGGCCGAAGGAGUUUCAAUUAAAUACGACUGACGACUCACACACAAUGCUCGUGGAUCAGCAUGUAGUGUCAUUCGUAAUGCCCAAAUUCCAAUUAAGCCAGGAUCUUGCUGCUCUGCUCUCGGCCUUCAUAUCAACCGAUAUGGAAUUGUCCUGCGCUCAACUGCAUAGUGUGCCAGAGAUCCAGCGACGCUUGCGACGGGCCAAGCAAUCAUUUGAGGAUACGGCUAAUGUGCUGCCACUUCGAAAAAAUCUCGACAUGAUCGUUGAUUAUGUGAUCAUUUUUGAGAAACUUAAAAAGAAACUUUGCAAUGUAUUGUCACACGCUUAAAGCUAUAAGAACAAGACUCGAUUUUAAUAGUUUAUAAAGAAAAUAGAUUAUUUUAAGUUAUCUUUAAUUAACGCUAACGGACAGACUUCUUCUUCCGCCUGCUACGUUCAUCGCUCAACAGGUAAACGAGGUGUUGUCAUCGGGCUCUCACACUCUUUGUGCUAAGAGUAACUCUGGGUGCACCACAACAAAUUCUCUCACUCUCUCCCGCUCUCGUGGCCAGCUUCAGUCUUGUGUGCUGGGGGUUUCGAUUUCGGUUGCUGGUUUGGCUUUUCAGUCGCAAUCUACGUGUAACCAAAGAUAGACGAGGUGCCGGGUAUCACGAGUCCCCCUCGAGUGCGUUUUGCUUUUGGGUUCGCUUACGUUUCGGGAGAGUGUGAUAGAGAGAGAGCGCGGUGAGCGGGACGCGAAAGUGCGGAGCGUGGCUCGUAAUGUCUGCCAAAGCGUAACGAAAAUUUUCAAGACAACAAAAGCGAGCAGCAGCAGCACCAACAACAACAACAAGCAGCAUAUCAUUAAUGGCAUUUUCUGUUUCGUUUCGAGUUUGUGUGUGAAAAGUGCACAAAAGUAGCAAAUGAAUGGCAAACAAAUGAAAAUGUAAAAGAGUUGCGCUAACCAAAGAAAACUUGAAAUUUAGUGCGUCGCAUCGUCGUCGUCGUCGCAUCGAUCGCAUUGCAAGUUUUGUUCGUCAGAUGCUCACAUCCGCUUGCCAACAACAGUGAACAGCAGUUGCACAAUUCAAACACAACUGCUAGUAGUAAUAAUACAAUAAAAAAGAAAUAUAUAUAAUAAUUGUACAUAAAAGAAACAAGAAAACCACAACAAUAACAACAACAAAUUAUCUGUGUGUCGUCGUUAGACGCAAAGCCGUGUCAAAGUCAAAAUGCGCGUAUCCAACAGAUACAAGUCAUCGUCAUCAUCAUCAGCAGCAGCAGCAGCAACAGCAGCAACAACAGCAGCCACCACAGCAACAGCAACAGCAGCAGCAAUUGCAUCUUACCAAAGUCUAAGCACGCACAUUGAAGUAAUUG